AAUAUGAAGAGGGUGAGGAAGAGUACGAAGAAGAGGAAGAGGAGCCUAGGAAACCUUCAAAGGAAGAAAUGGACUACCUUGAGUUGAGGAAGAAGCUGAAAGAAUCAAUUAGAAAGCAGAUGAAGAAGGAAGGUAGUGGUAGUAGUGCAUCGCGCCUGGAUGCAACANACAGAAGGAAAAAUAAGCUUCCUUNUGAUAAUUACGGUUCCUUUUUUGGUCCAUCUCAACCAGUUAUUGCGCAGAGAGUUAUCCAGGAGAGCAAGUCAUUGCUGGAAAACCAGCAUUUGGCAUCUAAGGUUCCUAACCCACAUCAUGCUAAGAAAAGCCAGAGUAAAGCACCUAGUGGGGGAUUGAAGUCUUCGUUUCAUAAUCCGCCACCCAAAGUCAGCGAGNUGCAAGUUAAAGCCCAGAAACUCAAGAAUACUAGAGAUUACUCAUUUCUUUUAUCUGAUGAUACGGAGCCUCCAGCACCUUCUAAAGCUCCCUCACCUCAGAAUAUGCAUAUACGAAAUUCUGAGGGACGACCAGCUCAAGUUCCAGCACGGAGUAAACUGCCUCCAAUAAGCAAUGGUAGCAAGCGUGCUCGUGCAAGUCAUGAGGAACAUAACCUAGGUUCUGNGGCUGGCCGUUUGCCUCCUAAAUCAGGAUCUGGUUAUAAGACUAGUUCAACCAGUAAACCUAGUAUGACAUCAGCUGAUUCUAGAAAACAACUUGGCAACAACGGUGGUAAUGGACCAGGACGGCCAGUUGGGUCAAAUGGCAUGUCUUCAAAGAUGUCUGUUGGUAACCCUGGGAACAAGUCUUCAACACCUGGUGUAAAAAACCCUGUCAAUGGCAUGCCAAAAUCACUCCCUUUAAAGCCUCAUCCACCCGGUUCAAGACAGAGNAUGGAGCAAAAAAUUCCGAGGCAGAAUGUUGAACACAGAAUUCCUAGGCAGGGCUUGGAACAAAGAAUUCCUAGGCAGAGCAUGGAACAAAGAAUUCCAAAGCAGAGCAUGGAACAAAGAAUUCCAAGGCAGAGCAUGGAACAAAGAAUUCCUAGGCCAAGUAAUGAACAAAGAAUUCCGAGACAGAGUAUGAAUCAAAGAAAUCCAAGACAGAGUGUGGAUCAAAGAAAUCCAAGGNCGAGUGUGGAUCAAAGAAAUCCAAGGCAGACUAUGGAACAAAGGAAAGACAUACGAGAACUAAAUAGACCUAAAAUGAUACCAAAACAACCUGUGGCAUCAUCAAAACCACAGAUAAGUAGGCCACUUAAACAUAAUUCAACGCAUACUGCUUCNCNAGAUCAUCGUCCCAAGCCUAAGGUUGGGAGACAGCCCUUUGAUGAGGAGGAGGAUGAAAUGGAUAUNAGUAACAUGAUCAGAUCAAUGUUUAACUACAACCCNAAGAAGUUUGUUGAUGACGAUGACGAUGAUGAUAUGGAGGCAGGCUUUGAUGAAAUCAUGAGGGAAGAAAGGAGGAGUGCCCAAAUUGCUAGAAGGGAGGAUGAGGAGCAACUUAGAUUAAUUGAGGAGGAAGAGGAAAGAGAGAGAAGAAGACGAAUGGCGAAGUUAAAGAAACGGAAGCUUGGUGAGUAGCAGUAGUAUUACCGCCAAGACUAUCGUUUGACUUCCAAAACAUGUCAUUGUUUUUGGUAUAAUGAAUAUUCCCUUUUUUCCAAAAGGAUUAGUUGAAUCAUGGGAUUAAAUUAUUCAAUUCAUCAAAUGAGAAGAUAUAAAAAUGUUUGCCCUCA